GGAAGGUGCUGCUGGCUGUGUGAGAGUUAGUGAUUUGCACUCGUUCUUUGAAGACACGCUCACACCAAUAAAUGAGGCACAACCACAAUGCAUGAAUGCAUUUGGUCAGAUGAGGAAUGAUGCUAUGGACCAUUAUCUUCAUUUGAAAGGCACAUAUGAAGAGGGCUAGCAUGUCUCGUCCUGUAUGGAGUUCACUUCAGAUGCUCCUCCUUCUGUCCUCUUCCAUCAGGAUAAAUCCUGUUGUGUCUGAAUUAGUAUUUUCAAUUUUACCUGAAGAUGGCGUUGGGACUUUAAACAGCUCUCUGAUGCUGCACUGCACAGUGUUUGACUCUGGCCUAAAGGCUCCUCUACCAGUGAAAUGGGAGAGAGACGAUGGUAUUCUGGACAGCAGGAUUCAUCAAAUGGCCAAUGGCUCACUUUACUUUCCCCGCUUAAAAGAAGACGACUUUGGAAACUAUUCAUGCAGUGCAAAGAGAGGGAACAAGCAGAUUCAGACCACUGUCAUGAUCAGCAAAGCAUGCCUGAAAGAUGUGUUCUUUCACCCUCAGUCCAUGACAACUGAAGAGGGACGUGAUGUUUUUCUUCAGUGUGUUUCUGGUGAUAGUUUUCCUUCUGCUCAGAUUUCAUGGUUAAAAAAUGGCAGAGUUCUUACCAAAGGAAACCAGAUUCAGGGACAGUAUGGAGGAGGGAGUCAGAGGAAGACUUCAGGCACUUUGCACUUGGCUAACAUCACCAAAGCAGACCAAGGAAUAUAUAUCUGUAUCACCCACAAUCCUCUGCUGAACAUAAGCAAGGAGAGUCAAGCAGCAACUCUGACAGUACAUGGUUCCAACGUAGACAUAAAGAUUAUUGAGGGCCCACAAAAUGUCACUGUACCUGUUGAAAUGGAAGCGGAACUCCACUGCUUUGUUGAAGGCUUUCCCAUUCCCACAGUGCAGUGGUUUAAAGAUGGACGUCCAUUACCCAAUUCUUCUAGAUGGGAUCUGCAGAAGGAAGGACAAGUUCUGAUUUUUCAAAGAGUUUCGUCACAAGAUGAGGGGCUGUAUUUCUGUGAAGCCCGCAAUGAGAAGGAGAAAGUGAAAUCCCAACCAGCCUACCUACUACCUGCAGUUAUGGAUUGGAACUUUAUGCUUGAACCUGCCAACCUAACAGUGAAGAAGGGUGAAUCUGCGACUCUUUCCUGUAGGCCUCCUCACAGCAGACCCCAAGCACAAGUGUCCUGGUUUAAGAACAACAGACUCCUCAACCCAGGACUGCAUUAUACUGCUGAUCCUAAUGGAGACCUGCUCUUCCACAGGUGUGUUGUGUGGUUCUAUAUAGUAUAGGUGUGUGUAGUAUGAAUGUAAUCUGGAUGUACUACAUUCACCAUACUGUCAUUAUCAUGUGACCUACUAGCGUCAGUUACAUCACUUCACUGUCAUCAAAGUCCAUUUCAAGGAAAGUCUGUUCACUAGGUGGCCAUAUUUGCAACGCCUCUGCAAGUCCUAUCUAUUUGAAUGGGGGAAUCCAGAAAUCUCAAAAACUGCUUGGCGAACUCACAAUUAAAUAACAUUUCAAAUCAGCAACAAAAUCUGACAUGAACAGUCCCAUAAAUGUUGUUUCUUAUACAGAGAUAGCGUUCCAUAUCACUUUGCCAAAUGUUUUCAGUUAUUUCAAUAGGUCCUACAGUCUACAACCACAAAAGAACCAAAACCCACAACGACACCGGCCAAGCAAAUAAAUAUAGUAAACAAAUGGAUGAAAACGACAAAUUAUUGCCACAAAAUACGUUUUAUUGUGCCCUGAAAGUGCAUUCUCUCUCCCGCUCUCUCUUUCAAACGUACACACGUCACAUACUGUAUAGUACGGACACACACUCGCACAGAAACGUUUUGUCAGUGCUGCUCUGACGAAUUAAUCAGUAAAAUAGUUUAGCAACUUAAAAGAUACAUGGCAUUUCUCACCAGCGAGGUAAUAACUGUGCGGUUCUUGAGGUAGAUAAACUUAUAGUUUCGCUAUUAACUUAGUAGAGACACUGCUGCUGUGAGAGACGCACAGAUUCAGGUGGGCUAAUUCACAAGCUUAUUCUCUCUCUCUCUCUCUCUCUCUCUCAACUGCGGUAAUAACUGUAUCAACUGUAUUAUUCUGCUAUCAAGGCUCAAGCCUCCGUUACUAGUUCUGAAAUGACGUUUUGAAAUUAGCAUUGGAGGCUUGGGAUGAGAUGCGUAAGAAAUUAGUCCCACACACAAGAGUGUUUUAAGUACAAAAACCUGACAAAUGUCUUGAAAUACAACAUCGGUACAGUGUCUUGAGGUGUAGUAACCAUAGUAUAAGCGGAAUAAUUGACGACAGGCCGUUGAAUUCUUGGUGUACUCCGCUUCACGUCGUGGCCGCAUUACCACAUCGGAUGUGCACUAUUUUCUAAGAAUUCAACGGCCCGCUGCAAUUGACGAGGCAGCGCUGCUGGGAGAGGAUGCGACUUCAUCUGCAUCCUCAGGUCCAUCGGCCAGUGCUCUUCCAGCCGAGCAGGAGAUGGCUGGGGAAGAUAGAGAAGGUGAGUUUAUUGAUGUUACUGAAUCCUCUCAGCCACCCUGCCCCGCGUAUGCCAGUUAUUGGAGGUUGUGGAAUGACGGCUUGACGAUUGGUUUCUCUCCGGCCAUAGCCCUCCAACUCUAGUGAGCCUUCCCGACCUGCAUAUUGAGGUUGAGAAGGUAUGGAAAAACCCAUACUCGGCGCGAAUCCAUCGAAAUCAGCGAGCAAAUUUCGCUGAUGUCGAGGGAUUGGCAGAUUAUGGGUAUGUAUCGAUGCCGUAUGUAUCGAUCUCGUAUCGGGGCGGACAUCGACACUGAAGGCUCCAACCCUGCCAUCUAGACCUCUUAAAGUGACAUCACGUCUAAAUGGCAGGGCAUACGCGGCAGCAGGCCAGGCUGGCGCUGCUCUGCACACAAUGGCUGUGUUGCAGGCGUACCAGGCGGACCUGCUGAGGGACUUAGACCAAGGGGCAGGGCUCUCCCCUGAAGCGGUCAUAGAGCUGCUCCGCACCACGCAUUUGGUGCUCUGGGCCACCAAACAGACCGCUGCCUCGAUCGGUCGAUCAAUGGCGGCAAUGGUGGCCCUGGAGCGCCAUCUGUGGUUGAACUUGGCGGACAUUGGGGAGAAAGAAAAAUCCUUUCUUCUCGAUGCCUCGGUUUCACCCUCUGAGCUUUUUAGGACCUCCGUUGAAGCAGUGGUCGGAAAGUUCAGAGAGGCGAAGGCGUGCUCUGCAGCUUUCAAAACCUGUAUACCGCUGAGGUCUGAGUCCUCACCCAGACAGACUGUUGGCCCAUCCCGGCCCGAGGGUCGUAGACAGGGCCAGAAAAAGAGUGUUGCCUCUCGUGCGCCCCCUCCAUGGCGGAGUAGGUCGCAGAGGAGGCGAGACUCAAGGAAGAAGAAGGAUCUGAGGGAGGUGAUCCAGCAGAAGCACGACCAGUGUCGCUGAUGGAUCUCCUUUCUCUGAGGGUUGAAAAGAUCUAAACCCUCUCCAUCCUUCUUCAGCCCAGGAGCUUCUUAUAUCAGGCCUGUGGCUGGGCCGAUGAUGAAAAUUAUUCUGACGGUCUGCCCGUGGCUUUGAUAGUGAGAGACCCUUUCAGGCUUGUAGGGUGGCAGACUCCACAGUUUUCCAUGGUGGUACGCCUUCUUAAAAGCAGGCCGCCUUAAUAGCCACCUCAGGUUAGGGUAGUUGUCUCCUCUACUCAUGGUUUGGAGAGUUUUAUGUAUCAAAGAGACGAGCCCUUUGCUUCAGUUAGAUUUAUGUCCAGCGUGGGCCCGCAGGAUGUGAGCCUUAACAGGCUUCGCUUCAGAGUGAGUCCCCACCAUGUUGGGCCCCUAGCAGCCAGCACAUGCGUCGUCAGGUAGCUGGCCUUAACAGGCCUCCCUGUUAACAGCCCCAGUAAAUGGGUUUAGUAGCAGGCUUAGCAGGCUUCUCUGUGAGCGAGUCCCCAGCACUUUGGGUAUGUGAAAGCUCAGCUAGCAAUGACUUUGUUUAUGGAUAAGUAGGCUUAGGAGGCCUCUCUGUGAGCAAGUUCCCUAUUGUGCGGGUACUUUUUCAGUGUAUUUAGCCACUUAGAACUGGCUACCAGGCAGCUGGCCUUAACGGGCUGCCCUGGAAGCUAGUCCCCCAGCAGUAUUGGGGUCUCUGGUAGAGCUGCAUGUAGAGCUUUUCAGUUUGUUGGCCUUAGCAGGCCGCUCUGAGAAUUAGCAGGCCUUCCUGUGGGCGAGCCCAAGGUUGCAGGCUUUGUACAGCUAGCUAGUCUUCUUAUCAGGUAGUUGGCCUUAGCAGACCUCCCUGAGAGCCAGCCCCUAAUAAGUGGGCACAUGGCAGCUAGCAAUGACUACAUUCAGCUAGUGAACGUUCUACAUCGAGAUGUUUGGCCUUAGUAGGCCCCUCUGAAGGCGAAUUCCCCAUAGUAUAGUUACUUCUCUGCCAGUCAAAGACUCAAUACCAGGUGUUUGGCCACUGUUGGCCUCCCUGAUGCGUUAUGAGUUAUAAUUAUUAUAAUAGGCUGUAAGCAUUCCCCUCGCUAGGGUUCCUUUUAGAGUGCACUGCAUCCUUAGCGCCUUGAAACAUAGGUGCUUUGUAGAUCCUAGGAUCGAACAGAUAUACUCCCCUUGCUUGCAAGGGUCGAUAGCACUUCGCUGAGUCCUGCUCUCCAGGAUGCCCGUCUCUAGGGUCAGGUCUGAGUUGGUUUACUGGCCUUUCUGCAGUCCCUCUUUCUGGAUGUCUAUUCGUGAGACUUCUGUGUCUAGAGACUCUGUUUCCGAGGAAACAGACGGGUUGUUGGCAGACUAGGUUACUAGUUCUACUAGAAGCCAGGUCAGCCUCCCUUCAUUCCCCUGAGAAGUGACUGGCUGGGGUGCCUUUGGGCCCUCUAGCCACGCUCCCUAAAAGGGACCCCUUCUGUUGAAGAUGUUGGUUCCAGGCCUUUGUGCGGCCUUGACAUGUCUUCAUAUGUAAAAUAUGGAGGCCGCUUUGAGGCUUAUAGCUGAGGUUUUGACUGCUGGGAGCGCUGUCACUGACAUCCCAUUUGUGACUCGUAGGGUGAGUGGGUCUAGCAUUUCAAUUGAAUUGCUGGAUUCUGACAGUUGUCGCUGCCAUGCAUGGCAUGCACUCCCCUCAGCAUGGCGGCGUUGGUAUAUCGUUCCCCUAGCGUGUUUACGCAGCGUUGAGUUCCCUUUCGAAAGGGAACGUAUCAGGUUACGCAUGUAAUCAUUGUUCCCUGAGAACAGGGAACGAGAUGCUGAGUCUCUUAGCCAUGCCUCGGGGCCCGCCUGCUUACAGUCCCUUCAGACAAUAAGCGGAUGACAUGUUAUCUGGGCGCCCCUUAUAUACUUAUGGGUCGCAUUAUUAUGAUGUCAUGGGCUGUCGCCGGUCAAUAUGAUAUUGCAGAGAUUGGAUAUGUGUUUCAGACACCGGUUCCCGCGGAGGCGGUUCCCCUAGCGUGUUUAUGCAGCGUCUCGUUCCCUAUUCUCAGGGAACCAUGGUUACAUGUGUAACCUGAGACAUUUUUCACCCACUAUAAAGUUGGGAAGUAUUUGGGGUUGGAGCUGAACUCUGCAGGACAGUGGCCCUCCAGGAGCAGGAUUGGACACCCCUGAUUUAUGUUUUCUGUUUUUGCUGAACUGUGAUGUUUGUGUAUAUUUUAAUUGUGCAUGUCCAUAUUUUAACUCAGAGAGUAUUGUCUGUAAAUUGAAUCUUAAUAAGUUAAAACAGUAAAAAUGUAAAAUAAAUAUCUUUAAUAUAUUUCUAGCUGUGAGUCUCUGUGUUUCAGUGUACAAGAGACAGACAGUGGAUUGUAUUUCUGCAGAGCAUCUAAUUCCCUUCUCAAAAGGGCUCUCACCUCGAAAAAAAUCUUCCUGGAUGUUCUUGAACCUCCAUCCGUGACUAUCUGGCCAACAGUGGUAACAUCUCGUGUAGGAGCUGAAGUGACGAUUCACUGCCAAGUGUUAGGACAACCUGCUCCUUUAAUCAGGUGGUCAAAGCAAGGCCAAUCUGUCCAAACUGGAGGCAAAAUUAUCAUGGGGUUAAGAAAUACAACUCUCUACAUUUCAUCAGUGAGAAAGUAUGAUGAAGGAUAUUACACAUGCACAGCCUCCAAUACACUGGGUCACGAUGAGAAAACCAUGACUCUUCGAGUUGCUGUGAAACCAGUCAUUGUUUCCUUCAUUGCAUCACUCACUGUCUCAGAGGGAUCUCCUGUUAGUCUUCCUUGUCGAGCCGUGGGAGAUUAUCCUGUCAAAUACACUUGGAUUAGAACAGCAUUGAUACAAAAUUCACCACAACUGACUGGUCCAAAGUCUCUGGUCUCACUCCCACAACAGAUUCACAUUGAUGAUAAUGGGACAUUGGUCAUCUCAAACAUUCACCGGUCUGAUUCAGGAGAGUACCAGUGCACUGCAGAAAACAGAGUCGGUCAGGAUGUGAGAAGUGCCAUUAUAUCUGUAACUGCUGACUCUGAUGUCCCACGUGAUAAAGAAGCACUGAGUAAAACGAUUAUAACCACUGUUCCAGAGAGUGAGCAAGAAUUAUUUACUAAUUCCUUUUUGCAUGGUUCAAACAAUACAGAGAUGAAUGAAUCCCUUCUGCAGACAACUGAAGAUUAUACAAAGAUAUCUUUGUUAAAUGCUUUUGUGGAGGACUCACCCACAUUCUUGAAUCCUGAAUCUACCCAGGACACUACAGAAUUUAUUUCACUUAAGCCAACUGGCAUUAGCAUAGGAAGCAAUGAGAUCAUUAAACAACCCAUACAAACACAAAAUCCAACUGCUGUGCCCGCCAAACCUACACCAAACCUACACCAUCAAGAGACUUUUAUACAGGAUACUCAUCCACAUAUCCAACCAAUGGACCAGGUCACUAAACCUCCACUAAUGAAUCCAAAUGCAAACAGCCCCUUGCCAGCAGACUCAUAUUCCCAAAUUAAAAACAUUCAGAGCUUUUCCCAGAAAACUGCCCAGUCCUCAAGCGGACAAACUCAGACUCCAGGCUUAAAUGUAAUGGAUGUGGACAACUUCACCGCCUCAGCCCCUUUGGAAAAGCAUCAAAAUAAGAGUCAAAGCAUUAAACAGUCUGGAGGUAUGAAGUCAUCGGUGACAAAUGACACAGAACUAGUUGAAUCACUCAAGAAAAACACCUCACAGGCCCCUAUGAGGACCACUGACAAUAAUAACAGAGAAAAGGAGAAAUCUCAAACUUGGUUGCCUGUGAUUGAGAAACAUGACAUUCCCAUUGUGGUUGGAGUAGGUAUUUCCUUGGCAUUUAUCUUCAUUGCCAUGGCCUUUUAUUCUCUGGUUCAGAAAAAUGAUCCUACAGCUGUACCUACAGGGAGAGCAGCUCUGAGGGGUAUAUGUGGGCCUUGCAGACAUGGGGAACGUCUUGUGAUGGAAAGGACAUAUGAUAACAAAGCAUUUGAGGAUGAUAAUUUGGUGGCUGUUAUUGAGCAAAGCCCCAACACAUCAGAGACCAGAGCACUCCCAACAGAAAGCAGCCCAUCCACCUUGAUGAUGGAGCCACCAUCAGAUGAAGUGCAAGAGGGUGUCCAGUCCACCCAGGACCUGCCAGUUAUUGUGGAGACUCACCCGGAGCCUAGAGAGGAGGACCAGCUGGAGACUAUAUUUGAGGAGGGGAAGGUCUCUCCCUCACCACAUUCUGACAUUCAGCUGCAGUGCAUGGAGGACUGGAGAAGCAGAGAGUUUGAACCAUGUCAAGACGCUCCCUCACCUCCUCCAGCCAAUCCAGCACCUGCCCAGGAAGAGGGUCUGCGGUCUUCCCUGACCCUCCAGACCACCGAUCCCUCCUCAACUCCUGUGCGCCACAGCAUCAAUAUCUCCCACGGUCUCUCUCCCCUCCUGCUGUCCCACUGCGUGUCGCUGGGCAUGACCUCUGUGGCUGUGGAUGUGCACUUCUACCCUUCGGCCCCAGGCCAGCAGGUGAACACAAGGCUGGAGCAUGAACUGUCUGCACCCUCUGCUAGCCACAGUAAAUAACAAGAGUGUGUGACAAACGUUGAAGUCAUGAUUUUAAAAAUCGCUCAUUUCAUAGGGCUACUGUCAGUUAGUUUAAAGAUGGUGCUGAUGCUUUUUCUCCCUCUUUUUUAAUGAUUGUCAUUUUUUAUAAUGUUGGUUUAAUGAAAGGCCACCUAGGCAGCAUGAGCUCAUAUGGAGCAAUUGGUUAGAAUAGAUGCGUCUGAAUUCCUGUACUUUCACAGUAUGUACUGAAUUUAAUUUGAAAUUACUUUGCAUACUACAUCUGCUGUACUGCACAGGAAAAAUAUUCUGUUAAAUUUACGGUAAAAAAAAAAGAAAAAGAAAUUCACCAUAAAAAUACAGUGACAAUGUUUCCAGUAUCACUGGAUUGUAUGUUGGUAAUACAUUACUGGUGGUACAUUACUAAUAAUAAAAAAGAAGAAACAAAACACUGUAAACUAUAUGGCAAUUCAUAUUUCCAAAACCCAUAAAGUUUACAGUAUUUUACAGUAAAGUUACAUAUAGUGAAAUGUUAAACCAUUUAAAAUGUUUCACUAUAAAUUGUAGGGUAUCUUAAAAAAUCUUUUUUGACAGUGUGGCAUUAUGUCAGGGAGACAUAACUAAAAAUGUAUUUUAGCAAAAUUUGAUAAUUAUAUUGAUCAUCUCAGCAUUUGUGAAUUAGCUUAAAAGGCACUUUUAUAACUAUAAUAUUUUUUUUAUUACUAUUUCCUUUUUUUCAAUCAGAGGAACCACUAUUUCUUCCAAACAGCUAUUGUUGCCACAUAGCAAAUAAUUAAUGUUAUAUGUUUAAUAAUAAAGUAAGAACAGAAGUAAAAAUCUAGUUUAAAUAUUCAAGGAUUUUUUUUCACUAAAUUAAUUAACAUAAAGAAUGAUAUUUAAUCAUUUUCAUUUAUAUCCACUGAUAUAACAAUAUAUAGUAACAACAAUAUUUACCUUAAUUCAUUUUUACUAAGAUAUUUUAAUAUAUGAAAUAUGUAAUGCUUUAAUUUGCCAAUGACACUAAUAACAACCAUGAAAACUUAGAGACCCAACUUGAGAUUUUGUGUUCUGUGUGUAUGACAAAUAUAUUUCACAUACAGCUUUUUGUAUACUUUGUAUUUUUGUAGAAGGGAAGUACACAUAUUCAGACGCAGGGAAUAAUUGCAGGUAACAUUUAUCAUUCAUCAGGUUCAUAGACACUUUCUUCAUAUGCCAAGGAAUUUAUAAUACUGUGUAUUUAAGAGUAAUUAAAUGUAUAUGUUAAUGUAUUUCUGAAAAUUAGAUACUAUUCAGCAAUUUUUCAAGCAGUUAAUACUUUAAGAAAUUACUUCUACAAACCUAAUCAUGGUAUUGUGUAAAAUAUUGUUGGAAAAGGUCUCCACUUUAAUGCAGUAUAAAUGCAAUGAGAUCAUGGAACUUUAAAAAAAAGUUGUUAAAUGGUUUAUUUGUGCAACAACUCGACUGUUACUUCUGCUCGUGCCAAAGGUUAAACUACCCUUACCAUUUGUUAUUUCUGUGACCUGUAUUGUUAAACAUUAAUCUUAAGAUUGGAAGUAUUGUACUUCAUGGGCAACCAACUGUUAUAACUUUGUUUUAUAUAGAAGUAAAAGUUGCCAAUUAAUACAGCUAUGUCUCUUGUUGACUUUCUUGAACUCAGAAAAGUCAUAUUAUAGGAAGCUGAGACACAAGCAUCAUUGUAUACUAUUUAAACUAUAUCAUUUUAUUCAGAACAGGUAAUAGUGUAAUAAAUAUACAGCAUGAAUUAAUUUGUUAAAUGUUAUUGUAUGUAUUAAUGGCCACAAAUAUAUUUUUAUUAAGAUUAUGGCAAUAUUUCACCUAAAGAGACAAUCAACUGUACAAUUUAAAAAAUUGUUGUAAAAUAGAUUUUGUUUUAUUUCAGUAAACGGCUUAUAACAGUGAUCAGGCAUACAGAUAAAGUUCUCUUUGACAAACAAAAUCAUAUUGCAGAAAAAUCUCAUAGUAAUGAUGCUACAGAUGCUCGUCUUUUGCUUGGAAGGACAGGAAUAUUAUAAGGUUACAUUCAUUUCUAUCAAGGAACAGAAAUUAAUACAACAGUAAACACUGAAAAAAAAAAAAAAAAAAAAA